CAUGAAAAGGGCCGAUGAAAUAAGACUACAAAACAUACAGUGAGAACAGGGGAAAGGGGUUUAGGCCCAAUUGAGGCAUCAAGAAACAUUACAGUCCAAAGGUCUGCUUUCCCUCCAAUCUUUGACUCACCCACCUGUUUAAAUUUCAAGAAAGAUUUAUGCUCAUUACAAAUUCACAGCACAUACAAGAUUAAAUGUUCUUACCAAACAAAUAUUAAAUGCACCUGACACAAGCCAUACGGAUUAUAUUUAUAUCAGUAUUAAAGAAAAGAAUUAGGAGUGUAGCCUGUUAAAUGUUAAGCCGUUUAUCGAUCAAAGAUAAUGAUAAUCAUAAUUCCCAAGACAUUGAAUGGGCAAGCCAGUUGUGAAUUUCUGGCCUCCAUUCAAAAAACUAAAGCAGACUACACAAAACAACUCGUCGAGUAAACAGAGCGUCAUGCAGUUAUGGCUGUGAUUUGGAAAAGCGCCGUUCUUUCUUCCCCUUCUCCUCUGAUAUUCAACAACUGCAGUUACUCUUCCGAGUUUCACAAAUCUUCUUUCUUCAAACCAAACUCCAGCAAUUCAUUCCUGAGGAGAUCAUUUCUCCAACCUGAUUUUCACCGCCCCCCACUUCACCUGCCCAUUUCAUCUCCCAAAGAGCUAAUUGAGUGCCUACUGAAGAAGGAGGACUUGACUGAAGAGGAAGCAGAGGGAUCACUUGAUUUCUUGCUAAGUGAAGGAAGUCAAGCUUUAAUCAGUGCUUUUCUUGUUCUCCUAAGAGCCAAAGGCGAAACCUAUGAAGAAAUCGUGGGUCUGGCGAGAGCUAUGAUAAAAUGCUGUAAAAAGGUUGAAGGGUUGGAAAAUGCGGUGGACAUCGUAGGGACUGGCGGUGAUGGCGCAAACACAGUGAAUAUCUCAACAGGUGCGGCAAUUCUUGCGGCCGCUUGUGGGGCUAAAGUUGCUAAGCAAGGGAAUCGGUCGAGUUCUUCUGCUUGCGGAAGCGCGGACGUUUUGGAAGCACUAGGAGUGGCUAUUGGCCUCGAGCCCGAGGGAGUGAAGAGAUGCGUGGAAGAAGUGGGAAUUGGAUUCAUGAUGUCCCCGAACUAUCAUCCUGCGAUGAAGACUUUUGCUCCUGUAAGGAGGAAGCUUGGAGUGAAGACUGUAUUUAACAUCCUCGGUCCCAUGUUAAAUCCAGCUCGUGUACCUUUUUCUGUGGUCGGAGUCUACAAAGAAGACAUGGUCAGUAAGAUGGCUAAAGCGCUACAACGAUACGGAAUGGAGAGAGCAUUGGUUGUUCAUUCAGAGGGCUUAGAUGAAAUGAGUCCACUUGGGCCAGGGGUGGUGCUUGAUAUUACGCCUGAAAAGAUUGAGAAGUUCUUUUUUGAUCCGUUAGAUUUUGGUAUUCCUCGAUGCACCUUAGGAGAUUUACAAGGGGGAGACCCAAAAUAUAACGCUGACGUGCUAAGGUUUGUGCUCUCUGGCAAGAAAGGAGCUGUGGCAGAUGCAUUUGUCUUAAAUGCAGCUGCAGCAUUGUUUGUCAGCGGGCAUGUAGGCAACUUUGCUGAAGGGAUAGCUCUGGCACGUGAAACACAGAGAUCAGGGAAAGCUCUUGAUACUCUUGAUUGCUGGAUUCGUGUCUCAAAUAAGGUGAAAGCACAUAGAGCCAUAACUGCCUGAGUGUAGAAGAAGAGAGGACCUACAGUCAUUCAUACAAGCAGCAAAAACUUUGCUUCUUGAGCUUGCCAUUUGGACUCUGGACGAGAUAAAGCGGCAAGAGGAGAAUGUUUGUUGCCUGAUUUUGAUUCUCGCUAGUGGGUGUAGUCAAAUUAUGUUAACUGUGAACACUUGCAAAUUGCUUUCAUUCUGUAAAUGUGCAGCUAGAACUAUGUAUAACCAUAGGUCUUGGGGUGUAAGGACUUUUUAGCUUUUGUUGCUAAGCCUCUGUUUCUUUAGCAUCACAACAGCAGGUGAAGAGAAUAGCUUGUUAUAAAUACGCAAACAUGCUGUUCGUGAACAUGUAAUUCCCUCAAUAAUGAAGCCAUCUCCAGCUGUUUAUAA